AUGCCAAAUGGGGAAUCUCCCAAACCGGUUUCUACGGAAGAAGAAAAGGGAAAAGCCAAAGAAGUUGAGGUUCCACAAACUUUCACCGUUCCCGCUCCAUAUCCUAACCAACUUAAGUCGCCUGCCAAGCCGAAUUUGAACAGUGAUAUCUAUGAAGUUCUUCAGAAAGUGACAGUUAACCUUCCUUUGCUCAAUGCUAUUAAACAAAUUUCGUCGUAUGCCAAAUUUUUGAAGGAGUUGUGCACUCACAAACGGCAACUCCAAGUGCAGAAGAAGGUGUUCUUGACCGAACAAGUAAGCUCACUCUUCCAGUCAACCCUUCCGCCCAAGUAUAAUGAUCCGGGGUGUCCUACGAUAUCCAUCACUAUUGGGGGUAAAGUUGUUGAAAAGGCUCUUCUCGAUUUGGGGGCAAGUGUAAACCUCCUACCGUUCUCGGUCUAUGAACAACUUGGUUUGGGAGAGAUGAAGCCUACUCGGGUGACUUUACAAUUGGCGGAUCGGAGUAUCCGAGUUCCUAAAGGGAUGGUCGAAGAUGUUCUUGUUCAAGUUGACCAGUUCGUAUACCCAGUCGACUUCAUGGUUCUUGAUACAUGCCCGGUGCCGGCGGCUCAAUCGUCCGUUCCAAUCAUUCUUGGCCGGCCGUUUUUAGCAACAUCCGACGCCGUCAUUCAUUGCCGGGAUGGCCGCCUUAACAUGAGUUUUGGCAACAUGCAGAUGCAAGUCAACAUGUUCCAUAUCGGUAGCCAAUUGGGCGAUGACGAGGAUGUGUGCGGAGUAAGCAUGAUCGAUUCACUUGUUCAAGACCACGUCACUACGUUUAUUUGCAAAGAUGAGUUGGAGUUGGCACUGACUUCCGCCGAGGCCGAUUUUCUUGAAGCCCCUGAGGUUGCGUACUUGUGCUCUUUGUUAGAUGAGGAGGAGAUGUGUGUGCUUGAGUUGAAACCACUACCGGAUACCUUCAAGUACGCCUAUCUUGGCGACGGCCAAACAUACCCGGUGGUAAUCUCCUCCGCCCUCACCGACCUUCAGGAAUUUCAAUUACUCUCUAAGUUGAGGAAGCAUUCAAAGGCUAUUGGAUGGUCCAUAGCCGAUAUCAAAGGAAUAGAUGGAUCUCUUUGCUCUCAUCACAUUUACAUGGAGGAGGAUGUUAAGCCCUCUCGCCAGCCUCAACGACGAUUAAACCCGAUUAUGAAGGAUGUGGUGCGAGCGGAAGUUCUUAAAUUGUUGGAUGUUGGCAUUAUUUACCCGAUAGCGGAUUCCAAGUGGGUGAGCCCGAUACAAGUGGUACCUAAGAAGUCUGGGGUGACUGUGGUGAAAAAUGACAAAGAUGAGCUUAUUCCAAUGCGUGUUCAGACUGGCUGGAGGGUGUGCAUUGAUUAUCGGAAGCUGAACGCUAAUUGA